AUAAAAAGAGGGUAAUUAUAUUACUAGUUUAUGAUUUAUAAUAUAUAGGAACUAAUUAAAGUUUGCACACUGUAAAAUACUGUAUCAUCUCCAAUGAUCCUAAUUAUUAUCGAAGGAAACCACGGCCACGGCACGGAUGCCACUCGGACGACUAUUUAUACUAAUCGCGUCGCCACCAUUUCAUCCAACUCGCUUCCUAACAGAAACAUCAUUGUCUUCUUUCUUGCUCUGUGUUCCCAAUCGGGUUGCCGCCGCCGGAUCUUGCGGGAGAGCUUAGCCGCUGGAUCCCCAGCGAUGGCCUCGGCCUGCGUCAACGACGCCGCCCCGCCGCCGGACACCGCCUUCCUCGACUUUGCCCCGGCAUGCCCCGUCUACGGCUGGCUCAGCCCUAGGAUCUCCUUCAGCCGCGACCUCGCUGAUGGCUCUGGGCCUGACCCUGAGCCCGUUGCCGCUGCGGUGACGGAGACCCCGGAUGCGGACGACCCGGGCAAGGAUCUUCCGGACUUCGAGUUCCGCCUCGAGGAUCCCGUCGCGAUGCUGCCUGCCGACGAGCUGUUCUCGGACGGGAAACUGGUCCCGCUCCAGAUCUCCGCAGUGCGGCCUGCUGUGGAGCUGGCCGAGGGGAUCCCCUCGCCGGAGGCGGAGAAGCCCCGUGGGGAAGCGGAGGUCAUCGGAGCGGAGUCCUGCGAGAAGUCCCCCAAGGCGCCGCGGUGCUCCAACCGGUGGAGGGAUCUACUCGGCCUCAAGAAACUGCAGAACCUGAAGGCGGAGUCCCAGAAGACAUCGUCGCUUCCUUGUAAGGGCCUGAACUCAAGCACCAGAUCCCUCCGCAAUCUUCUCCGUCAACCGAAGCCCUCCUCUUCCGCCGAUUCCUCCCUUAGCGUCCCGCUUCUUCGCGACUCGGAAUCGGAACUGGCCUCCAUCUCUGCCCGCCGCUCCCUAUCCUCGUCCGGCGCUGACCAUGAAGAGCUCCCGCGCCUGUCCCUCGACUCCGAGAAGCCGGCCCAAGCGCCGCCCCGAGUUCGGCUGUCCCGGCCGAGGGGCACCACACCAGAGGGGGUGCCGAACGCGGGGCGGAGCCCGGUGAGGCGUGGCGCAGAGGUGGACAGCCCGCGGAUGAACGCUUCAGGGAAGGUGGUGUUCCAGGGCCUGGAACGAAGCUCGAGUAGCCCGGGGAGCUUCCACGGCGGUGGCCACCAUCAUCACCACCGGGUAAAGCCGUACCGGGGAAUGGAGCGGUCGUACUCGGCCAACGUCCGAGUAGCCCCGGUCCUCAACGUGGUCCCAGUCGGCUCGCUCCGGGUCGGCUUGGGCCAGCUCUUCUCGCCAAUCAAGAAGGAGAGGGACGUGAAUUCUCACAACGGCGGCGGCAGCAGCAGCAGCAGCAGAAGAAAGAUCAUCGACAAGGAGAAGGCGUGAAGGAAACUACCGCCGCAUGGCCAAGUUGCAGAAUCCAUCGUUCGUCUCUCUUGCUGCUUCGGUUUUGUUCCUCUAGGCGUUUCUUUUCGGCUUAUUAAUGCUUGCGUUUCCCAUCAAUUUACCUGUCCAGAAGCAAAAGCAAAAGUAGCGGGACCCGUCGACGCAUCCAAUCAGAUGCAGGUGGGUGUGAGGGUAACUCUCGCUCGGUUAUUCACUUUGGUCUGUCCAUCCGAGACCGCCCAUCUCACCGUCUUUUUAAUCUGAACCGUCGGUGCAUAUCGGACAAGAUUUAAGACGUAAAAUGUUAAGCUGGGUUGUUGGGAGAUGGUGAAGGAUGUGAAUGAGAACCGAGGCCUGGCGAUGAUGGCUCUGCCGAAUAAUAUCGCACGUCGGUCUGAUCCGAAACCCAGACCUCGUUCUGAUGGAAGCAUGUGAUGGUGCUGUUGAGAAAAAGUGUUUAGGUUAUGAAGCGGGAGUCAAAGUUGGACUGAUGGGAGGGGGUGCGCUCGGGGCGCAGCGUCUGAGGGAUGAGUUUCUUUCUCGAAAUUUAAAAUGAGUGUUUCUGUGCCGCGGGGGCAGGCUUUUCAGAGGCCCAGCACCUGCCUCUGCGCUCAAAGAUUCCCUGGUCAAGACUGAUUUAUUGUGUUCUGGGUUAGAGAGAGAGAAUGAAAUUUGAAAAAGGGCUCUUAUUUUAUGAGUUUAAGCAAUUUAGGAGCUUUAAAUUACAAUUUUAAAAUAGAAAGAAAAUUUUGAAAUUUGUUAAAACUAGUUUAGGUUUUAAUGAUUAAGAUGUAAUGUUUGGAUUUUGGAUGGAAUUAGUAUAAAAAUAAAAAGGAAAUUAAGGCUCUUUUAAUUUUAUUAAUAUUUUUCUCAAUAAAAUUUUAAAUAAUUAUGAAGAUUUUACUAUAAACUAAAAAUAGAAAUUUGAAUACUUUUGAGUUAGUUAUGGAUGUUAGCUUCUACAAAACACCAUGAUGAAAAAUAUUUGGAUAGUAGUUCUUAUGGCUGGAGCUGGAGUUCACCAUGUUCUAGGGGAAUCUCCACUAAAUCGAUUUAUUGGGCUUGUUUCAUUCUGUCUCACUUUCAGUAGACAAUUGGCUUAAUCAAAGAAUACUUUCAAUGCCUUGAGAAGGUAACUCCCCUCGAUGCACGUGUUUAAAUUAUUGAACUUCCAAAGUUUGGUGAAUUAUCUCUCAACUUGGUUAUUUUAAUUUGUCAUUAGUGUAAGUGCCAAAUCCGAUGAUUAACAUGCUGUAAUUAGUGGUAAUAGACAAGAUGAUGAAGAAGAAGAAGAAGCUCACUUUCUUUGGUUGCGGGGAUUCCCUACAACUUGAGAUGUAGUUAGCCACUAUAAUUAUUGAUACGUGGCAAUGGUCCUUAGUAUUCUAUCUUCUUUUUGCGUGUGGGAACUGUUCACGGCGGCAAACCGUGCCCAUGCCACCAGAGACUGGUGGGGUCCACUUUUUGUUGGUCCCGGGCGUAAGUCUUGUGGGUGAUAGCCAGGUAAGAUUUGGGCUUAGGUUUGCAGUUCCCGACUUAUC